UUGGGAGCCACAAAAAAGUUGCAAAGCAACAACCAGGUCAUUUUGGAGUUCUGCAGCACUGUUCAUCAGGCGCUAAGCGAAAGUUGCAAAGCGCGUUUUUGGAGUUCUGCAGGACUCUUCAUCAGGUUAGAUAAUAUUAAGCAAAAGUCACAAGAGUUUUCUGGAGUUCUACCGAACUUUUCCGCUGUGCUGCUGCUUUCCAAGAUGCCACAGGCUCUCCACACUACAUUGCCCUGGAGGAUGCUCAGCCACCUCUUGACCAGUGCAGCACUUCAGCUUCUGACCUGUAGCUUCUCUUUGAGCUUAUUCUCAACAUUGGCACCGCCAGUCAAGGUGGAGAUAAAUGGUGAAAGGAAGACACUGGUAGUGUGUAUGGUAAAUGGCCUCUCAGAGGAUGCCUUGGACGCCAUUUGGUUCUCCAAUGGCAAUGGGAGCUUGCUGGACUCUUUCAGCUAUGGAUUUUCCAGGGAAGAAGACGGCACAUUCAGCACAGUCUCUCAAAUCUCCAUCAACACCAAAGAAUUUGAAUCGUGGGAGAUCGUCACUUGCUACGCUGCACAAAACAAAACCUCAAGGAAGUGGAGUACCACCUCUCUUCCAAUCUCUGAGGAAAAUAUGGGACAUCUGUAUCUGGAUGAUGAAGAGCAAGGAGAAGCUGAGGACCAGACAUUAUCAUUUGAAAUUCAUCAUAGCCUUUCACAGAUCCUGCUUCUUUUGGCCAUCAGAAUGUUGCUGUUCAAGUUUAUCCUGUCUGAUGUGUUGAUGACCUGCUGCAUUCUUUACAAGAGAGAAGACCCACCAUCAUGCCUGAAGCCUCACGACCAUUCUGCAGUUCGUCUACACAGAGCAAAAACUGGUUCUUCCCAAAGAAAUUGUCAGGGCUAGCACAGGAUGCAGGUGGGGAGUUAGGAAGCAUAUUUGGGUAAAAAUAACUCCAUAUUUUUAAGGGGUAAAAAUAACUCUAUACAUAAACAAAAAAACAAAUUAAACAGAUUGUGUUUUAUUUGCUAGUUUCAUACCUUGCACAUAUCUGAACUAGAACAAUCAGUGGAUGCUGUACCGAUACAGGGAUUUGAAGAAAGGAAGGUGCACCCCACCCUUUAUCCUGAUAUCAUUCGUUCCAAACAUGAACAAGCCCUACCAACAAUCAAUCCCAAAUGAACUGAAGACAAUAUGCAUCCUGGAGAAAAAAGUCUUAAUUCAGAUGAAGAAGGGAGGGACUAGCUUUAGGUGCUAAUCUGAAUAGACUUCAGUUCAGACUUCCUUUUUAGUACACCUUGCUGUAGCCUUCCACUUAGUUUCCUUUGGUGCUGAUAACUUAGCCCAAUGUUCCCUUAGGUCCCCAGCAGAUGUUGCUGGACUACAAUUCCCAUCAUCCCCAUCUUGCUCUGAGGGGAGGAGAAAAGAGACAGACACAGACUAGAGUGCUGACACCAUCCUGGUCCUAUGUUGCAGCUGCUUCCUCUCCAACUGCCACCACAGAGCUACCUAGUAACCAUCUUACUUUGAGGGGAGGAGAGAAGAAGUGAGCCUAAAGCCUUCACCAUGGAAGAUCUAAACAUGUUGUUUGAUGUUUGGUUCUUUAUUGAACCUUUUAUGUAAACCACUUUGAGAAGUUCUCCUGGAAAGCAGUAUAUACAUACCAAAAAUUAAAAUCUGGCAGUGCACAUACUCUAAAGAAUGACCCUUUAGCCUUGUGUAAGAAUAAUAGGACGUCAUAAGUGGCAUAUUUGAUUAUUGCUGUGUGGUACGAGUCCUGAUUUCUGUAGCCUUGCUUAUUUGGUAUCUAGAGUAAAAAGAACUGAGUCCUAUGACACCUUAAGGAGCACCUUGAUCCAGAAGAACUGGAUCAAGCCAGGAGUUCAAGGUGGGCAGGGCAGUUGCUUUAGUUUUCUUCUUCCCAAAGUGGAUUGGAUCACUUG